AGUUGUCAAAAUGGGACACGGUGGAGUGGUGGUGAGCUUCUUGGCGCUGGCGGCUGUGGCGUCGGCGUCUAUUGGUGAUGGUGAUAACUCCUUGGAUGGAGGCGAGCGUGUAGUUCUCGUAGCGCCCGUACUGGCGCCCCCGAGGGAUUCUAGAACUCAUGUAACGGACCGAGCGAGACAGUUCCCCAUACUAGUGCUCCUGGCUCAACCACAAAUUUCAGACUACCGUCCUGAACCCUCAGCCAAAUCUUUGAAGGGACAUCUUGAACCUAUUUACGUGCAGAAACUUGAAGACCAAGAGAAUAACAAGCGAACUCUCAACAGGCAGAAGCGGACUUUGUUCUUUGGACUCAAAGGUUACAGAAAAGGCCACCACGGAUACGACAGGGGCGGUGGAUAUGGCGGGGGCGGUGGAUAUGGCGGAGGCGGUGGAUAUGGCGGGGGCGGUGGUUAUGGCGGGGGCGGUGGUUAUGGCGGGGGCGGUGGAUAUGGCGGGGGCAGUGGAUAUGGUGGGGGCGGCGGAUAUGGUGGGGGCGGCGGACACGGCGGCGGAUAUGGUGGGGGUGGCGGACACGGCGGCGGAUACGGCGGUAAUCAAGGCAAUUAUGGAUACCCUACAGGGUGUGGGGGCGGUUGCGGUGGCGGACAAGGUUCCGCUAUAGCCAUUGCUACUGCCAACGGGUAAAAACGUUAACUUGGCCAGAUCUAAGUGACAGUUUCCUGUGACUUUGCGAAUUAUUAUUGAAUUCGGUAAUCGGACGUUCAACGCUAUACGCCAAAAUAGUUUUAAAGGUUAUUUAUCCAAGUUUAUAACUAACUACAACAUAUAAAGUUAGGCCUGUAAAAUAUGUAUGUAUGUAUUACCAAAAAUAUAUAUAUACUUUAUUUGUAUGGAUGACUAAAGUAUACAAAUUUAAGAAAAUUUAAGAAAAUCUUUUACUUCAAAUCUGUAUAAUUAUGUAUUUACAAUAAUUCUAAGCCUUAUUUUUUAUGAAACCUUAAAUGCAUAAUAUAUGUAUAUGUAUUGUUCAUCUAAAUCCUUAGCCGAUAUCAAAUAAAGUUUUUUUU